AAAUGUAAUCCUAAGAAAAUUGGUUAGAUAACUCUAUAGAACCAUUUCAAAAGUUUGAAUAAGUAAAAUAUAUAUUAAAAUAUAGGCGCAUUCUAAUUCCAUUGAAUGCUUGUAAUUUAACCCUACUAAUCAAUCAGAGUUGGCGACAGGCUCUCAUGAUAAAUUAAUAAAAAUAUGGGAUGUUACCAAGUAAAAAGAAUCAGCUAAGUUUUCAGGUCACAAGUAUUUAUAAUUUAUUUUACUUUAGAGAAGGAAUUUGGUCACUCAGUUAUUCUCUUGAUGGAAAAUAAAUUUUUAGCGGAUCUCCUGAUAAAUCAAUUUUAGUUUGGGAUGCUAAGAGCGGAAAGACUGUUUAAGCUUUAAAAGAGCACAAAAAUAGAGUAGAAUAUUGAUUAAACAAUUAGAUAUACUGGAUUCAAGUGAGUGAUAAUGGAUUAUAUUUAGCAAGUGGAGGGUAAGAUGGGCAUCUCAUACUAUGGGAUUUGCGAAAGUUGAAACUUAUAAAAGAUCUUUAAAGUAAUCGAAUCUAUUAAAAUUUAGUAUCUAUGGAUAUUGUUUACAAUAUUAAUUUCAGUCAAUAAAGCAAAUACUUUUUUACUGGAGACUCUAUGGGAGUUAUCAAAGCUUAUGAUAGUUAAAAAAUAGAAGAAAUUUAAAACACAAAACCCACAUAAAAGAAUAAAUGUUAUGCAAUUUAAUCAUUAAAAAUAUCAGAAGAUAACUAUAAAUUAUUUGUAGCCUCAAAGGUAAUUAUAACUUAUAUUUUCAAAGAAUCAAAGCAUUAGUGAGUAUAAUUUUGAUGGGAAGAAGAAAGAAUUAACAAAAAUUAAUUAAUCCCCAGUUCAUUGUGAUAGCGUAUUAAAGUUUUUAUAAAAAAUUAGGUUCAUUGUAUAAAUUUUGAUAAAGAUAAAAGAAGAUUUGGAACUGGUGCUAGAGAUGGAGCUACAAGGGUUUGGUAAACUGAAAGGAAGGGGCAAUUUUAUAAUCCAUUGUAUAAUCUGAUCGGACAUAAAUAAAGAGUUACUGCAAUUGAAUUUCAUGGCACUGGAAAGAUUAUUGCUACUUGCAGUUGGGAUUAAAAUAUCCAUUUAUAUAAAAUAUGAACGUAUAU